AUGGCAACCAUCGACGCCCAGGAUCUCAAACAAAGAAUUGGGCGCUUUCGAGUUCUGAUCAUGGGUAGAGCAAACGCAGGCAAAACGACCAUUCUUCAGAAGGUCUGCAACACCACCGAUCAACCAGAAAUUUACGAUACCAAUGGAAACAAGAUCGAUGCUGACAUCGUUAAAUCAUCUAUCAAGCGCGGAAACCACGAUAUUACGAACGAGAUGAUAUUCAAGAGCAAUCCCAUUUUUGUAUUUCACGACUCCUGCGGUUUCGAAGCGGGCUCAGAAGACGAAUUUGAGAAUAUGAAGAAAUUCAUCUCGGAACGCGGACAUGCGACGGAAUUGCAGGAACGAAUCCAUGCCAUAUAG